AUGACCACAAUUGGAGUUGACAUAGGAACAGGUUCAGUUAGAAUCUGCCUAAGCAAACCAGAUGCUUUCAAGACAGCUUUUAAGCCUAUUAAAACCAAUAGGGAUGAUAUAUAUUCUAAUUAUGUAACACAAUCAUCACGGGAGAUCUAUGAAUGUAUACUUACAUUACUUCAAGAAUUGGUUAAUGAACCUGUCACAUCAAUAUCUUUCACAGCAACUUGUUCCAUGGUUGUGAUGGAAAGGGUUAGUAUUGGCAGCAAGAUGCAUCUUAAGCCAUGUGCAGUUAAUUUCAAAGGUGAUGACAACCAACAAGAUAUUAUACUAUGGAUGGAUAAUAGAUCGAUUGAACAAACCAGCUACUUGAAUGAAAACUUAAAUAAGAAAGACUUAUAUAAGGUAGGAGGAAAGUUUAUUCCAGAAAUGGGAUUACCCAAGUUAAGGUGGUUGCAAGAUAAUAUAAAAAGCAAAGAUAUAGUGUGCUUUGAACUUUAUGAUUGGUUCAGUUAUUUGUUCUUAGUUGGAGGCUACAACGAAGAGGGACUCGUGCCCUAUGUGGUUGAUCCGAUUGAACCUAUGCAAGAAUAUACUACAGUCUCGGAAGCAAUGGAUGGCUCAAUCAAAGGCUGGACUAUUGAAUUUUUGAAACAAAUCGGCAUCGACUCUCGCAUAUCUAUUGGUAGAUCUGAAUUUAACUUGAAUACGUCUGGUCUAUUACCCGUAGGUGUACCUUUGGGAUACAUCCAUAAGAAUGUUUAUGGCAUGGGAGAAAAGAUAGUUGUAGCCAACGGAUGCAUUGAUUGUUAUGCCGGGUGGCUAUCUACAAUUGAACCAGAGUUUUCUGUUGAAAACCAUCUUUCUAUGAUUGCAGGAACGUCUACAUGUUUUAUCCUUUCGACUCCAUCGUCUAAAUAUAGUACAAUUCCUGGAAUUUGGGGUCCAUUUUCCCAGCUACUAUCUUUACCGUUGGAUUUAUUCGAGUUUGGUCAACCAGCUACUGGAAAAUUGUUUGAGCAACUUUUUUCCAACUACGAACUGGUAAUAUCAUCUUUGAAUGCCGAAAAUGUCUUUGCAUUUCUCGAAAAUGAAACGGCGGCCCUUGAAACCACUAAAGGCACUUCCAUCACCAAACUUAUCAAAAGUUACUUUUGGUACAUCGAUCAGUACGGCAACAGGAGUCCCUACAACGACUUUGCCAUGAGUGAAAUGAUAAUAGAUGGCUGCAACUCCUCUGAUAAUUUGGCUUCAAUUACCAACGGAAUCACAUUAAUGGGUCUCGUAAUACGCUACAAUCUUAUCUUAGAGUUUCUCUGUUUCCAGACUCGACAGAUAUUGGAAAUCAUCCAUUCCUCCAACGGACCCCUUGUCAAUUCCAUCACAGUGAAUGGCUCGCAGGGCAACAACAAAAGAUUCAUGCGUUUACUAGCUACUAUCACUGGCAAAAAAGUAAAAAUACUAAAGCUGUCUACAAACGUGAAGUACAAUGUCGUGAAGGGGUCUUCAAUCAUCAGUAGCAUAGGCCACAAGUUACUAACUGGAUGCAAAAAUUACCAAAAUGCAUUAAAUAGUUGCAUACAAGCUGACGCUGACUACGAUACUAUUUAUCCAGAUCAUCAUAUUGCCGACAUCGGCCCUUUGCUAGAUAAAAAGUACAAUGUAUUCCUAGACAUGGCUAUAGCUCAACAAAAUUAUCGCAGAAAAAUAAAUUCAAUGUAA